AUGGCCACCAGGGAUUUGGCAACAGGAAUGAUCUUUUUAUUACAGACUAUGGUUGGAAUUCUGGGAAAUUUCUCCAUUCUUUACCAUUAUCUCUUCCUUUACUUCACAGGAUGCAGGUUUAGAUCCACAGAUACGAUACUCAAACACCUGACUGUUGCCAACUGCUUAGUCAUUCUCUGUAAAGGAGUCCCCCAAACGAUGGCAGCUUUGGGGUUAAAAUAUUUCCUCAGUGAUACUGGAUGCAAACUUGUUUUCUAUUUUCACAGACUAGGCAGGGAUGUGUCCAUUGGCACCACCUGCCUUUUGAGUGUCUUCCAGGCCAUCACCAUGAGUCCCAGGAACUCCAGGUGGGCAGAGCUUAAGGUAAAAGCUGCCAAGUACAUGGGCACCUCCAAUAUCCUCUGCUGGGUCCUGCACAUGAUUCCAAACAUUGUGGUUCCUGUGUAUGUGACUGGCAAAUUGGUCAACAAAAGCCUCACAAACAAACGUGAUUAUGACUACUGUUACACUGCAGACCUUGAGGAAAUUACUUCCUCAUUGUAUGUAUCAGUGUUAUUUUUCCAUGAUGGUUUCUGUUUGGGACUCAUGCUCUUGGCCAGCAGCUCUAUGGUUUCCAUCCUCUACAGGCACAAGCGGCGGGUAAGACACAUACAUAGGAACAAUUCCUCUUCCAGACCCUCUCCUGAGUCCACGGCUACACAAAACGUUCUUGUCCUGGUGAGCACCUUUGUGUCUUUGUGCACUCUCUCUUCCAUCUUUCACAUUUUUGUGUCUCUUUCAAAUAAUCCCAGUGUGUGGCUCGUGAACACGUCUGCACUAAUCGCUGCAUGUUUCCCAGCUGUCAGCCCCUACAUCCUCAUGAGCCACGACUCUAGAGUAUCCAAGCUCUGUUUUGCUUAG